AUGGCGGGUAUCUUUCGGACGAUUUAUGACUGGCUCCUGAGGAUGUUUUGGGCGACGGAGAUGGAUGUCACCAUGAUCGGGCUUCAAAACGCAGGGAAAUCGUCGCUGUUGCGUGUGCUUGCGGGAGGCGAGUUUACUGUAGAUUCCAUCCCCACCAUUGGCUUCAACACAAAACGGGUUCAGAAAGGCCAUGUGACCUUGAAAUGCUGGGAUCUGGGAGGCCAACCGCGGUUCCGACCAAUGUGGGAGCGAUAUUGCCGCGGUGUAAAUGCGAUAGUGUACAUCGUUGAUGCAGCAGACCGCCCUGCACUUCCAAUCGCCACAGAUGAGCUGCACGAGUUGAUGAACAAGCCCUCUCUUGAAGGUAUUCCGCUGUUAGUCCUUGGGAACAAGUCCGACCUUCCGAAUAAGCUGUCCGUCGACGAACUGAUUGAUGCGAUGGAUCUGAAAUCCAUUACCCAUCGCGAAGUGAGCUGCUAUGGAAUUAGUGCCAAAGAAGAGACUAACCUUGAUGCUGUUUUGCACUGGUUGAUCGCCAAAGCCAGUCGAUGA